CAACAGUUUUAAGGAGUCUCCCUUUUGGGGAAAAUAUCUCAAAAUAUUUUAUGUGAUUAUUUUCUUCACAUAUUUUAUGAUUAGAAGGAGUUACAAAAAUACUUUCAAAGCUGUGGUUUGUUUGAAAGUGCUGUUCUUUGAGUUAGAGGUGACACAAUUGUCGGGAGGGAAGAAUUUUCUCUGCCCUUCAGAGUCCUAGCUGGACCAAGAAGUAAAUUAACAUGGGACAGAUUAACAGGAAAAAGUCAAAUUUAAUAGCAUACAUAGGGGGACUCCACACAGACGUGGAAAUUCCAGAGAUGGACAACAUGAUGCUUAUAUGUGCUGAGGAGAGGGGUAGGGGCUUGAGGAGAUACAAAGGGGAGAGAGAACUUGAGCAGGAAGGUGAGAGGAGAUGGUUGGAAGACAAAGAUUGCCUUGUUAUGAAGAUAAGUUUCUUAGAGGAGUUUCUAUUAUUAGCUCUCUUCUUGAUAGAAGCAGGCAAUUGAGGGGACAGGUAAAGAGCUUCUGAAUCUGCUAGGUUUUGUUUGCUUUUAACUAAAAAUGGUGGCCCAUCCUGGGGCAGCCUGCCAUUGGCUCCUGUGCUAUUAACUAUAGAUUUUAUAAUUUAGAUUUUCAUCAGUACUGUUAGAUAAAUUAAUCUAUACCUGUAUCUGACUCCCCUUGUUUUCUAGGGAAUACAUUUGUAAGUUUGUUGGUUUGUUUGUGGUCAUGUUACAGAGGGGACCCUAAGCCAUACGUAAUGUUAAAACUGACUUACCACUAUACUUUCUUGGUUUACUUGCUCAUUGGUCAAGGAAUAGCGUUAUCAAGGGCCAUGUGUAAAGUAUGCCUACUUAUCAAACAGAUGCUGAGUGGAGACUUAUCAAGGGUUUGCAGUAGGCAAGAAGCCUGUUCCUUACUGUUAGACCAGCCAGUAAAAGUGAUUCUACAGAUGUGCAUUUUCCUUUCAGUAGAAAUGGCCCACAGCAGUAUUGUCAGUAUUCUUCUGGUUCAACAUACCUUACAGUUCAUACAUAACUUGUAUUAAUUAUAUAGAUUGUGUAUUUAAAGCUGUUAGCAAGUUGUCAGAACAUAAGGAAAACAAGGUCAUAUGAAAUAUUUUGUAAGUAUCCUUAGUAUCAUAACAAAGGAAAUGUUUUUAAAAAGUCAACUGUAAUAAAGUAAUUUUACUACUUUACACACACUCAGGUGCACAUUUACACAGAUACAAUGUGCCUCCUUAUUUAGUUCAAUACCAGGCCUUACAGAUGGAGGAUUAUCUUUAACUCUUCUUUUUCCAUAAACUAGUUUAAUAUAUGUAAUAUGCAGUUAAAGUUGUAUUUAUGAAGAUAAAAUAAAUUUCAAGCUGGUGAGAAAAUUUGAAGAGACCAUUCAAAAUUAUUCUUAUUCUUUCCACCCAAGUUUCAGAGCGGUGUUCAGUGUUCUUAGAAUGGUUGAUUAUAAAACUUAGAAAUUUCAAGUUUUAUAUUUAAACACAAAAUAAAUUCCAGUGAAGUUUAGUAAAACCCUGAGUGUUUAUACUUACUUGCUGUUAUCAUUACUCUGUUAUCUAGAUUGACCUACUUAUUCUGGUGAACAAUGAAUGUUUGAUUCAGUAUAUCAUAUAUAUUAAGCACUUUGCCAGAUAGACUUGUGCUACAUAAUGUGUUUACUUGCUACUCACUUCUUUCCAAGUAAAUUACUGAUGUGAGCUGAAACAUUUAAAAUGGUUUUACUAACCAGGUUUACCCUAGAUUCAGUUACUCUUUGCUUCCUGUUUUCAUUAGUUGCCUGGAGCCGUUGGGGCAGCUGUUUUUCCUUUUAAGGGGUGGGGCAGGGAUAGGGGGGUGGUGACAUCAUUAGUGGUGAAAGGAGCGGGUAUGUUGAAAUAUUUUUACGUGAAACAACAAUAUUUCAAAUGCUUGAAAGUUCGUUUCAGUUGUUACUCUUCAGGGACAAGUAUUUUGUAGGCUGUGUAUUUUAUGUUGAAACAAAGAAUUUUCUAACUGUACCACUAUUGUUUGAAAGGAAUUAUAAUUUGAGCUUUUUAUUCCGUAUUAGUCACUACUGUACCUUACUGAAUAAAACUCCUCUUAAGCUUGAUACUGUAAACAAGUGACAAAUGAAAUAUUUACCUACUUAUUAGAACUGUUGUCUCUUUUGGUUUUUUUGGCCAAUUGAUAAAGUAUCAUCAUCUUUAAUUCUAAUAUUACUAAAGAAAAUAGUUAAGCAUUAGAUAGAUUGACUCUGGAUAGUGUUCAAAAGUCUGUCAUAUAGUGUUAAGAUGUGUUAGAUAAGAUCAUAGUAAAAUUGUCAUAUGAGGAAUUAUUUGAAGAUGAUUAUUUAAAAAAUCUUACCCCUUAUCUUCACAUAACUGUAUAGACUUCAUGGCAGAUUUUAUUCCAUAUUAGUGAUAAUGUGAUUACUUAAUAAUUUAUGUUUACAUUUUAGUUAAAGUUUUAUGUUCUCUUUGUGAGGGUCUGUAACCUGAAUUUUUAAAAGAAAAUACAUUUUGGAGCACCUGGAUGGCUCAGUCAGUUGAACGUCCCACUCUUAAAUAUAUAUUUUUUGUUUAUUUUGAGAGAGAGAGAGUGCAUGCAGGCAAGGGAAGAGCAGAGAGGGAGAGAGAAUCCUAAGCAGGCUGUGUACUGUCAGUGUGGAGCCCAACACAGGGCUUGAUCUCAUGAACCAUGAGAUCAUGAUGUGAGCCAAAAUCAAGAGUUGGAUCCUUAAGAGACUGAGCCACCCAGGUGCCCUGCUCAUCCCACUCUUGAUUUUUGCUCAGGUCAUGAUCCCAGGGUUGUGGGAUAGAACCCCACAUUGGGCUCUGUGCUCAAUGUGGAGCCUGCUUAAGAUUCUCUUUCUCUCUCUCUCUCUGCCCCUCACCCUCAGCUCUCAAAAAACAACAACAACAAAAGAAAAGGUAUUUUUUUAAUUGUUUUUUUUCAUUUUUCUUUUAACAUUUAUUUAUUUUUGAGAGACAGAGUGCGAGUGGAGGAGGGGCAGGGAGAGAAGGAGACACAGAAUCUGAACCAGGCUCCAGGCUCUGAGCUGUCCGCACAGAGCCCGAUGCGAGGCUCGAACCCACAAACUGUGAGAUCAUGACUUGGGCCAAAGUUGGACGCUCAACCAACUGAGCCACCCAGGUGCCCCAAAGAAAAGGUAUUUUGUUGACGUCCAUGAAUGACCCAGGAAAGUGCUUUGAAUUUUCCCUAUAAUAAUUUGAAUAAAGGAAUUAAAAUCUGUGGGGAAAAUCUUUUCUUAGUGUAGUUACUACCUCUCAUUUUUUUGUGUGUUUAUUUUGAGAGAGAGCAAGAGUGGGGGAAGGGCAGAGAGAGAAUCCCAAGCAGGCUCAGCACUCAGCAAGGAGCCCAUGGACUAAUCCCAGGAACUGGGAGAUCAUGACCUGAGCCAAAAUUAAGAGUUGGACACUCAACUGUGCCACCACUCAGGCGCUCCUCUACCUCUAAUUUUUGAGGAAAGAAAAAGCCUGACUUUAAAAAACCGUUUCAUUGAGGUAUAAAUAUAUGCAAUAAACUGCACAUAUUUAGAGUAUACACUAAGUUUUUAUGUAUGUGUACACAUGUGAAACAAUCACCAUAAUUAAGAUAAUGAACAUAUCCCUCCCAAAAGUUUCUUUGAGUCCCUCUUUGCCUUACUCCUUCACCUCAGUCAGCCACUAAUCUUAUUUCUGUUACUGCAGAUUAGUUUGCAUUUUCUGGAAUUUUAUGUAAACAGGAUCAUGUAGUAUGCAGUCUUGUUUGUCUGCUUUCACUUAGCAUAAUUCUGAAAUUUAUUCAUGUUGUAUAUCAGUAGUUCAUUUUUUUUUAAGUUUGUUUAUUUUGAGAGAGAAAGCACCAGGAAGGGAGGGGCAGAGAGAGGAGAGCAUGAGAAUCCCAAGCAGGCUUCAGACUAGUGUGGAGCCCCAUGUGGGACAGAAACCCACCAACCCUCAGAUUGUGACCUGAGCUGAAGUAGAUGCUUAACCAGCUGAGCCACCCAGGAGCCCCAGUAGUUCAUUUUUUUUUUUAAUUGCAUAGUAUUAUUCCAUUGUAUGGAUGUACUACAGUUUAUCCAUUCACCUGCUCAUAGAUGCUUGGCUUGUUUUACUUUAUGGUUAUUACAAACAAAGUUGCUAUGAAUAUUUGUGUAAAAGUCUUUAUAUUUGCUUUCACUUCUUUUUUAAAUUUUUUUUUCACAUUUAUUUAUUUUUGAGAGAGCAUGAGUGGGGGAGGGUCAAAGAGAGAAGGAGACAAAGAAUCCAAAGCAGGCUCCAGGCUCUGAGCUGUCAGCACAGAGCCCGAAGCGGGGCUCGAACCCACAAACUGUGUGAGAUCAUGACCUGAGCCAAAGUUGGACACUCAACUGAUUGAGCCACCCAGAAUUCAGCAUACAAUUGAAAUAAAAUGUCAACCUCCUGGAGUGAUCGGUUACAGAAUGCAGCGGAUAUGCCUGCUAACAUGGAUAAGCAUGCCCUGAAAAAGUAUCGGCGAGAAGCCUAUCAUCGGGUGUUUGUGAACCGAAGUUUAGCCAUGGAAAAAAUAAAGUGUUUUGGUUUUGAUAUGGAUUACACACUUGCUGUGUACAAGUCCCCGGAGUAUGAGUCUCUUGGCUUUGAGCUUACUGUGGAGAGAUUAGUUUCUAUUGGCUAUCCUCAGGAGCUGCUCAGCUUUGCUUAUGAUUCUACAUUCCCUACCAGGGGACUUGUCUUUGAUACACUAUAUGGAAAUCUUUUGAAAGUUGAUGCCUAUGGAAACCUCUUGGUCUGUGCACAUGGAUUUAACUUCAUAAGAGGUUCUCAGGUAGCUGCUCAGAAGAGACCAGAAACUAGAGAGCAGUAUCCAAAUAAAUUUAUCCAGCGGGAUGACACUGAAAGAUUUUACAUUCUGAACACACUGUUCAACCUACCAGAGACCUACCUGUUGGCUUGCCUAGUAGAUUUUUUUACUAAUUGUCCUAGAUAUACCAGCUGUGAAACAGGAUUUAAAGAUGGGGACCUCUUCAUGUCUUACCGGAGUAUGUUCCAGGAUGUAAGAGAUGCUGUUGACUGGGUUCAUUACAAGGGCUCCCUUAAGGAAAAGACAGUUGAAAAUCUUGAGAAGUAUGUAGUCAAAGAUGGAAAACUGCCUUUGCUUCUGAGUCGAAUGAAGGAAGUAGGGAAAGUGUUUCUUGCCACCAACAGUGACUAUAAAUACACAGAUAAAAUUAUGACUUACCUGUUCGAUUUCCCACAUGGCCCCAAGCCUGGGAGCUCCCAUCGACCAUGGCAGUCCUACUUUGACCUGAUCUUGGUGGAUGCACGGAAGCCACUCUUUUUUGGAGAAGGCACAGUACUGCGUCAGGUGGACACAAAAACUGGCAAGCUGAAAAUUGGUACCUACACAGGCCCCUUACAACAUGGCAUCGUCUACUCAGGAGGUUCAUCUGAUACAGUCUGUGAUCUCUUGGGAGCUAAGGGCAAGGACAUUUUGUAUAUCGGAGAUCACAUUUUUGGGGACAUUUUAAAAUCAAAGAAACGACAAGGGUGGCGAACUUUCUUGGUGAUUCCUGAACUUGCACAGGAGCUGCACGUCUGGACUGAUAAGAGCUCACUUUUCGAAGAGCUUCAGAGCUUGGAUAUUUUCUUGGCUGAACUCUACAAGCACCUUGAUAGCAGCAGCAAUGAGCGCCCUGACAUUAGUUCCAUCCAGAGACGUAUUAAGAAAGUAACACAUGACAUGGACAUGUGCUAUGGGAUGAUGGGGAGCCUGUUCCGCAGUGGCUCCCGACAGACCCUCUUCGCCAGCCAGGUGAUGCGGUACGCUGACCUCUAUGCAGCCUCCUUCAUCAACCUGCUCUAUUACCCCUUCAGCUACCUCUUCAGAGCUGCCCACGUCUUGAUGCCUCAUGAAUCAACGGUGGAACAUACACAUGUAGAUAUUAAUGAGAUGGAGUCCCCUCUUGCUACCCGGAACCGCACAUCAGUUGAUUUCAAAGAUACUGAUUACAAGCGGCACCAGUUGACCCGGUCGAUUAGUGAAAUUAAACCCCCCAACCUCUUCCCACUGGCCCCCCAGGAAAUUACACACUGCCAUGAUGAAGAUGAUGAUGAAGAGGAGGAAGAAGAGGAAGAAUAAGGAGGAAAACCAAAACUGAGCAUCCAUUAAACACGUUUUGGCAGGACUUCCAGGAGCAAAGGAUAUCCCUGUUUGCGUUCUAGUGGUGGGUGGGGGAGCUCCAUCAAAGGUACAUGUGCGAAGUUUCUGAAGACCUUAAAAUAUUCUAAUCAUAGAUACUUUUUAGUAGUUUUGUUUGCACUCUGCAGAUGGUUCACAAUUGUAAUGGAGUCUGUAUUGGAAGAAAGCAAGGGUGAAGCCGGGCUGAACUGCAUGCAGAAGGCUCCAUUGUGGCUUGUGACACCAUUUCCUUGUCUGGUUUCAUCCUCAGUAUAUAUUGGAUAUACCAGGGCUAGUGAAGAGUAUCCAAGUGGAACGAAGAGGUGAUCUGAAAAUGAUAUGUUACAAAUUGUGCUCUUACUCCAAAGUCCAUCCUGAAAUUUUCAGUGCAUUACACAGUAUUGUAUGUCAGUGGAGAAAUAUAUUGUUUCCAUUACCAAAUGUGGUCUUCUGUUAAGGUCAAGGUUCCGUUUACAAGCUUUGAAGUGUCCUCAGUGCCUGGGGGCAGACUGCAGGCUUCAGUGGUCUUGCACAAGUGUUUGGUUUGCUAUAGGGCUUGCCUGGAAUGCACUGCAGUGAUUCUGUCUUGAGGUAAAAGUCUUCAUCUAAUCUUACAUUUUUUUGAUAGUAGAAAUGCUUGUUAUCCAAAAGCAGUCUUUUUCUCAUCUGGAGUAAAUCUAGAGAAAGAAUUCAGCUGAAAGAGGACAAAGGAGCAAGCCCCGUGAAAGAGCAUAACUGAGUAAAGUCAUUAGCGUGGGCCAGUGUGGCUCGUGCCGCCCAGACUUCCGGCCUUCCCUGUCCUCUAGAGUGGACUGUAUUCCACAGUCAAGCAUGAGAGGAUGGGAAGAGGGUUCUAUCAGUCAGAACCUUACUAAAGCAGAGGGCACAAUCAUGUGAAUAAAUGCACUUCAGAAUCCCAAGAGAAAUCACUUGUUAUUUUGAACAAGAAGGGAUUGUUACUGUGUCCUAGAGGGUACCGGGCUGCCUCGCCGUCGGCAGAGUGGCUAUAGCAAUUUGAAUAGUGCAGACUUUCCCUUUAACCUUUAUAUAUUCCUUCCAUUCUUCCUGGUGAACACAGAAGGUAGAUUAGUUGCUCUAGAAUUCAAUAAAGUAUAUUUCUAAUACUGACUUUGACCCCUUCCUGUAGCACAACUUUAAUAACCGUUGGUCUUUAGGUGGGUGUAGGUUUGGCUAGUGCCAUCAAUUUGACAUUCUUCUACAGGAAGGUAUAGUAUAGCAUGAUUGAUGGCUAAAUUUAUAGCACUUAAAUAGUCCUCAAAACUUUUUCAUGUCAAGUUUUUUAAUACAGGACUAUGAGGUGAGGCUUUCUAAAAAUUAUUUGAUAGGCAGGGAACACAGUUCAGUAAUAACAUAGCCAAGACCAUGUUAUAUCACCACUUUCAGGAUACAUGGUCUAUAUAUGAAGUCAUGCCAAGAAACUUUCUAACUGGUAUCUACUAGGAAUAUACGCUACUUUAACGGUGAUCAGGUUACAAAUGCUGUUGCAAAUAGCAGUUAAAUGCUGUCCCCAUUUAAAAUUUUAGAGAGUGUGUUUGUGGUCACCCCAGCUAUUAUUCUCAUUCAAGUGGAGCUAGUGCCCAGUUUGGCACAGUCUUAUAUUUGCUCAAAGCCCAAUAAUAUUUAAGUGGCUACAGCUGCAGAGCUAACUUAUAAUGGAACAUUUACAUAUUUUCCCUUUUAAAGCAAGGACCAUUAUGAUCACUUUGCUUUAAUUUACCACACUUUUGGUAUUGUGUUAUUCACAUAAGAUCUUACCUGUGUAAGAGUUUCUAAAAGUCAGAUAUCUGACAGUGGGUCCAAAGAUCAAAAAGGAAGAAACACAAUUGGAAGAAGAAUUCCACUGCUGAUCAGAGCUUUUUUCAGGACCAGCAAAACCUAUCUUGAAGAGCCAGGAUUCCAUAAGCAUAGAAGACGCAGAACAGAGUGUUUAGGUGGUCCAUGGGCAGACACUCAGAGUAGAUAGAAUUGAGCUUGCUAAAACAUGAAUGUGAGUUUCGCUGUGGCCAAUAGUUAAGGAGGCUGAACUUAAUGUUUUUGUUGUUUUUUAAACCUGAGGCGUGUUACACGGUGAGAACACAGUUCUCCCAACUCUUCAAAAUCUCUUCCCUGGGUAUUUGAAAAGCACCAGACACCCUUUAUUGGGUGCUAGACUGAACUUGUUCAGGGUUGACAGGGCCCCUGGCACACCCAGCAGCUAGGUGCGGGUGCAGCAGACCCCAGCCCUGCUGGGUUCCCUUUUAAGAGGACUUGCCCCCUACAUUCAUCUCUAUAGUGUUUCAACCUUAGAUUUUCUCCUCCCAUAAGCAUAGUUCUGCUGAGACCUAAAAUAAGAAAGCAAGCCCUUCAAGCCACCCUUCCCAAGUUAUGAUUGGAGCUACAAAUCCUUAGUCCCGUUACUGUUUUUAAGCAACUACUUUAAAAAGCCACUUGCAGUGACAUGUCAGACUUAAAAGUACUUUGUUCAUGUUUAGAUACUUCUAAGUCAGAUUUAUUUAUUUAAGAAAUAUUUUGUCAACAACUUUAAAGCCCUGCAAUUUUUCCAAGGCUGACAGAGCAUUUAAAAAUACUCUUACUCACCGCAAAUAGCCUGAGACAAACAAGUGCAUAUCUAAGUCUGCAUUAAGGGUUGGAGCUUUGUACACAUUCCGUGUGAUGGAAACUAUUUAACCUUUCCUUGAUGGUGGGAAAAACGGUAACUGUGGCCCAGCUAUUGCCAUACAGUCAGUCCAUGGCCCAAUUCCUCGCUUGGUUUUGAAGCUUAUACCUCAAUAUUUAGGUUUCUCAUGACUUUUUUUUUUUUUUUUUUUUUUUUGUGACUAGAGCAUAGGGCACUUAAAAUCUUUCCUCAAAUGGAACAUUUCAAAUGAUACGCAACUUGGAAAGGACCUUAGAAUGAAAUUUCUACCAUGGAGGUACCUGAGCAGCCCUAAAAGUAAAAGAAAAACGAUACACUACCAUCCAACAGCAGAGAGGCCAUGUACAGCACCUGGGAAGCAGAGCCAGGUGACUUGUAACCCACAUCGUCCAUCCUGCACCUCCACUAACAUGAACCGGCAUUUCACACUGUUCCUACCGCUGAGUAUGUGCAAAUAGCAGAAAGCAAAUCCUCUUAAAAAAAAAAAAAAAAAAAAAAAAAACAGCAUUCACUUACAGAAUGAACAAGGCAGCUUUUCCUAGCAAUCUCACCCAUUUUUCCCUACUGUCAGACACAGUAUCUUCAUCCCAAAGCCACAGCAAUCUUAUUCCAACAAGGAUAACACAAUUUCGAAAAUAAAAUACAGUGUUUUAAAGUUCCACUGAAGAGGUUUAACGCAAAAAGUACUCCCAAUUGAACACAUAUCUCAAGCUUGCUGUUACUCUAAGUAGUUUAUAUUUUCUCUUUUUUUAAUGUUUAUUUUUGAGAGUGUGCAUGCCAGAGCGGGGCAGGGGAAGAGAGAGGGGGGCACAGAGGGGAACAGAAACUGAAGUGGGCUCUGUGCUGACAGCAGAGAUCCCAGCGUGGGGCUUGGACCCACGAACCAUGCUGAGCCAAAGUCAGACGCUUAACCAGCUGAGCCACCCAGGUGCCCCGGUAAUUUGUAUUUUCUAAUUUAAACCAGUUUUUGGUCUAGUCUAUUUCUUCCUACAGAGAUACCUUUGCUUCAUUUUAUUAUUAGAAAAAAGGUGGAUUAGAUUUCCUCAUGAGUCCUAUCAGGUACAAAUAGGUACCCAAAUGGUCUGCUCUCCCAUUAAGCUCUUCCCAAAGCCAUGUCUGGUUAGUGCUGUAGACAAGGCCUGAGGAGGCCAGGCCAAGAUAAACCUCACCACGUGCACUGGAGCCCAAGCAACUGAGCGCACUUUCUCUCCAGGAAAGGCAGCACUAGUCCAGAGUCUCGGAAGUUCCUGAGAUAGUUGGAAAGAUUUGCCAAGCAAACCUUUCAACACUAAAAAAAGAUGCUUAUUGUCCAAUUUUUUGAGAGGGUUCUCACCAGAGGUGAUCUUUGACUUGUGGGUAGGGCUAUUUUGAAGCAAGUAAUUUCAUUAUUGGACCCACUGCCCUCAAGUCAAUGAUGUAGCAGAAUUGUAGCAGGGAAGCUGGCUCAAUCUAAAUAUUCCCAUCCUGUGCUGGCCUACUGUGUGAGCACUCCACAGUCAUGAGCACCCAAGCAGGAAAAGCAGUUCGAUGAAGAACUCCAGCAGCUGAUUCCCCCUUGCACCCUUAGGCCUCGCAGUUAUCCACCAAGGGAGAUGGCAUGCUAACAGAAUAUCCCAGAGAAAGGGCCCUAUGAACCAUUCCUUUGCUCUGGGACAUGUCAGUAUGAGCAGAAAUGGGAGGAUGUUGGACGGAAAAGGAUGGAACAGUCUUAGAAAGCAAGAGCUUAUUAGGCAUCUAGUAGGAUUCAACGUUUUGGCUUUAAAGAAUCAUCGCUAUCGAAAUACUUCUAAAAAGUACAAAAGAAGUUUUCAGAAAUCAGGUUAUGAAAAAGUCAUUCAGUUUGUACCACUUUCUCUGCAAGCCCCUCUGGUCACUAUCUCUGCCUCAGAAGUACUAAGUUGAGAAAAAGAGCUGGGCAGCACAAUUUGUUUUAUGAACUAGAAACCCCAGAGCUUUCUUCAUGGUAAAGCUUAGUAAUGAACUGACAGGUACCCCAUGGAUGCCGAGGGAAAGCUUAGGAAAAUCACCUCUACUUUUAUUGGAGAAUUUCCUGAUUUGAGCUCAGGACUCAUCUAGACAAAGUGAGUAAAGCAGGAAAAACUAAGCAAAACAGCCAAGUGGGAGUUGCUAUUUUGGAGAGAGAAUUCCUUCCCCAGCCUCCC